AUAUAUGUAUUGUGCUCAUCUAGAGAGUCUCUUAAAAAAACAGGUUCUUAAUUCCUGAAACCCAUCUCAAAUUAAAACCACCAAAAAGCCAAAAGGAUAAAAGUAUUUGAGUCUUGAACCUCUUAGUAUCUCUGUUUUACUAGUUAUAAUUUGUUUUCAGUUUUUGUUAUUUCCAUUCAUUCAUAUAGAAAAAGAAAAAAAAAACACUGUAUACAAAAAAAAAAAAAAAAAUCAAAAUCUGAAGGAAAAAAAACUGUUAUUUCAAAGGUAUUUUUAAUAUUCAGAGAUCAUUUUAGUUUCUGUUUUUUGAAGCCAUUUUGCAUCACUCAAUAUAAUACAGGCAAACUCAAGUCACAAGGAAGAAGAGAAGAAAAGAUAAUCAAUGGAAAUUCUAUUUUCUAUUGUUGGAACAAUAGCAGAACAUACUGUUGUGCCUAUUGGACGUCAAGCAAGUUACUUGAUUUUCUACAAAGGCAAUUUAAGUUCGUUAGCGGAUAGUGUUAAAGGCCUUGAGGAAGCAAAAAAAACAAUAACCCAUUCCGUUGAAGAAGAAAAGAGAAACGGUAAAAAUAUUGAAGAAGCUGUGAUAAACUGGUUAGAAAAAGUGGAUGAGGUCAUUGGAAAGGCAAAUCAGCUUGAAAAUGAUCCUCGUCGUGCCAAUGCUAGGUGCUCAGCAUGGCCGUUCCCCAAUUUGAUUUUGCGUCAUCAACUAAGUAGGAAAGCCACAAAAAUUGUACAAGAUGUUAUUCAAGUUCAAGGAAAAGGGUCGUUUAACCGAAUUGGUUACCUCCCCCCCCUAGACGGAGAAACCUCCUCCUCUUCAACAAGAGGUGGUGAAAAGUAUGAGACAAGGGAGACAUUUAAAGAGAACAUUAUGAAUGCUCUAGCACACCAUAAUUCAUGCAAUAUUGGGGUCUAUGGGUUGGGUGGUGUGGGUAAGACCACUCUGGUGGGGGAAGUUUUUGAAAUAUCUAAGAAACAGAAAUUGUUUGAUGCAGUUGUUAAAACCCAUGUAACAAAAAAUCCAGACAUUAAAACAAUUCAAGGGGAGAUUGCAGAUUGGUUGGGUCUACGGUUCGGUGAGGAGAGUGUUCUCGGAAGAGCACAUCGCCUAAGGCAAAGAAUCAAGAUGGAGAAAAAUAUCCUUAUCGUUCUAGAUGAUAUAUGGACAAUACUUGAUUUGAAGAAAGUGGGAAUUCCAUUUGGUAAUGAACAUAAUGGUUGUAAAUUGUUGAUGACAUCCAGAAAUCAAGAUGUGUUGUUGCAAAUGGAUGUUCCAACGGAUUUCAUUUUCAAACUUGAACUUAUGAGUCAAAACGAGACAUGGAGCUUGUUUCAAUUUAUGGCUGGGGAUGUGAUUAAAGAUAGCAAUUUGAAAGGUGUAGCAAUUCAAGUUGCCCAAAAAUGUGCAGGUUUGCCUCUUGUGACAGUGACGGUAGCUCAAGCAUUGAAAGGUAAGAGGGAUGUUCAUGCUUGGAAAGAUGCAUUAAGGAGAUUAGAAAGUGAUCAUCAUACAAUUUUUUCUGCUUUGGAAUUGAGUUACGACUCAUUGGAGAAUGAUGAAAUUAGGGAUGUCUUCUUGCUUUUUGCAUUAUUUCCAGAUGAUAAUGUACAGUACUUUCUAAAAGUUGCAAUGGGUUUGGAUAUAUUAAAGGAUAUUAAGACUGUGGAUGAUGCUAGAAACAGACUUUAUCCAAUAAUCCAUUCUUUGGAGGCGACUUGUUUGCUUGAAGUUAAAAAAAGUGGAGAUAUCGAAAUGCAUGACUUUGUUCGUGAUUUUGCUAUCUCCAUAGCACGUAGGGACAAACAUGUAUUUCUAAAAAAACAAUCAGAUGAGGAAUUCCCAACCAAGAGUUUUUUAACAAGGUGCACGCAGGUUGUUUUAGAUGAUUGUAUGCACGAGCUUCCUCAAAUGAUUGAUUGUCCAAACAUUAAGUUUUUCUUUUUGUCCAGCGAGAAUCUUUCUUUAGAAGUCCCUGACAAUUUUUUUGAGGAUAUGGGAAGCCUUAAAGUCCUAGAUUUAACAGCUUUGAACUUGUCUUCAUUACCCACUUCAUUUCGGUUCCUAACCAACCUUCAAACACUGUGUCUGAAUUAUUGUAUUUUGGAAAAUAUGGUUGAGAUAGAAGCUUUGCAAAAUUUAGUUAUUCUUUGCCUUUUGGGUUCUUCAAUGACCAAGUUGCCAAGAGAAAUACGACAAUUGACUCAAUUGAGAAUGCUUGAUUUGAGCGAUUCAGGAAUAGAAGUAAUCCCACCCAACAUUAUAUCAAGCUUGACCAAACUGGAGGAGUUGUACAUGGGAAAUACCUUUGUUAAUUGGGGAGAUGCGAGUCCAACGGCUCAAAACAAAAAUGCUAGCAUUUCUGAGCUUCGAAAACUACCCAAGUUGACAACUCUAGAAUUACAAAUUCGCGAGACUUGGAUGUUGCCAAGGGAUUUGCAGACGGUGUUCGAGAAGUUGGAAAGAUAUAAAAUAGCUAUUGGUGAUGUAUGGGAAUGGUCUGACAUAGUGGAUGGAACCUCAAAAACAUUGAUGCUCAAACUUGGUACUAACAUACAUUUGGAGCACGGAAUUAAAGCAUUGAUUCAAGGUGUUGAGAAUUUGUACUUGGAUGAUGUAGAUGGAAUUCAAAAUGUGGUUUAUCAAUUAAACGGAGAAGGAUUUCCGUUGCUGAAAUAUCUCCACGUCCAAAAUAAUGCAAACAUGAAGCAUAUUGUUGACUCUAAAGAGAGGACUCAAAUCCACGUGUCCUUUCCAAUCUUGGAAACCCUAGUACUUGAUAAUCUUAAAAAUUUGGAGCAUAUAUGUCUUGGUCCACUUUCAACCACUUCUUUUAGAAGUCUUGGUGUUAUCAAAGUCAAACAUUGUGUCCAUUUGAAAUAUCUUUUCUCCUUUACAUUGGUUAAAGAGCUUUCACACCUUUCUGAGAUUGAAGUUUGUCACUGCAAUUCUAUGAAGGAGAUAGUGCUCGGAGACAACAAUUCAAGUGAAAAUUCUAUAACUAAUGAAAAAUUUGAGGUUUUUCUAUUUCGUUCUUUGACUUUAGAACAUAUGGAAACACUUCAGGAUUUCUUCACCAGAAGUGAGCAAAAGCAUCAAUGGUUAGAGCCUUAUAUUUCAACCCCAUUUUUCAAUGCUCAGGUUUCAUUUCCUAACUUGGAUACCCUUAAAUUGAGCUCACUCAAUUUGGGGAAAUUUUGGGAUGACAAUCAUCAAUCAAUGUGUAACUUAACUAGCUUGAUUGUGGAGAAUUGUGGUGGGUUGAAAUACUUAUUCUCGUCGACUAUGGUUGGAAGUCUUAACAACCUCAAACAACUUGAAAUAAGUAAUUGUCAUUUGAUGGAGGAGAUAAUAGUCAAAGAAGAGACAAACAAUGAAAUAGAAGAGGACGUUCAUUUUUUCAACUUAGAGAAAAUCACAUUGAAGGACAUGGACAACUUGAAGACAAUAUGGCACCGCGAAUUUGAAACAGUGAAGCAAUUGGAGGUGAUCAAUUGUAAGAAAAUUGUGGUUGUUUUUCCUUCUUCAAUGCAAACAACAUAUACUAAGCUAGAGAUGUUGGAGGUUACAGAUUGUGCUUUGGUAGAAGAGAUAUUUGAAUUGAGUUUCAAUGAAAAUAGCAGUGCAGAGAAUACAACACAUUUGAAAGUUGUUAUAGAUGGAUUGCCAGAACUGAAAAAUAUAUGGAGUGGGGAUCUUCGCCGAAUUCUUAGUUUUCAAAUUCUUAUAUUUGUAAAACUUACAAACUGUGAAAGCUUGGAGUAUCUAUUACCACUUCCUAUAGCCACUCGUUGUUCACAUCUCCAAGAACUUCAUAUAGACAGUUGUGAAAAUAUGAAGGAAAUUGUUGCAGAGGAGAAUGAAUCUGGAGUGAGUGCAGCUCCCACAUUUGAGUUUAAUCAACUAACUAGUUUAUCACUUUUGAACAUGCUUGAACUCAAGGGUUUCUAUGCUAAAAAGCAUACUCUAACAUGUCCAUCUUUGAAGGAAAUUGAUGUUUUCAAUUGUGCAAAGUUGAAUUUGUUCAGAACUCUAUCCACAAGAAGCUCCAAUUUUCAAGAUGACAAACUCUCCGUUUUAACGCCACAACCACCAUUCAUUGUCGAAGAGGUUAUUCCAAAUUUGAAGGAGUUGAAAAUAAAUCGCAAAGAAGCUAACGUGAUAUUGCAAACCCAAAACUCAAGUGCCCUGUUCACCAAAUUGACAUUUCUUUGUUUGUUCCAUUAUAAUAUUGAAGAUGCUACAUUUCCUUACUGGUUUCUUCAAAAUGUGCAAACUCUUGAGACACUAGUUGUUGAAUGGAGUAGCUUCAAGAAAAUAUUUCAAGAUGAAGGACAAAUAAGUGAGAAGAAGACUUACCCACAGCUCAAAAAGCUCACGUUGAAUGGAUUACAUAAACUUCAACAUAUAUGUGAGGAAGGAUUCCAAAUUGAUCCUGUUCUUGCAUUCCUUGAAAACUUAGAUGUUGAUACUUGUUCUAGUUUGUUAAGUUUAUUGCCUUCCUCCGCCACCCUUAAUCAUUUGGAAUAUCUGGACAUAACAAAUUGCAACGGGUUAACAAAAUUAAUUACAUCUCCUACGGCACAAAGUUUGCACAAGCUCAUUUCGCUGAAGGUAAAAGACUGUAAUUCACUUGAAGAAAUAAUUACUGGAGAGGAAAAUGUUGGCAUUGCAUUUAUUAGUUUAGAAUUAUUGUUGUUGGAUUGUUUGCCAAGCCUCAACAAAUUUUGUUCUACUAAGUGCUUCUUGAAGUUUCCAAUGUUGGCGGAAGUAAUUGUGAGGGAGUGUCCUCGCAUGAAGAUUUUUUCAGAGGGAAACACAAGUACACCAAAUCUUCGAAAAGUUAAAAUUGCAGAAAAUGAUGAAUGGCUUUGGAAGGGAAACCUAAAUGAUACAAUAACCAACAUAUUUGAAGAUAAGGUGGCAUUUGGUGGUUUUAAGCAAUUAAAACUGGCUGAAUAUCCAGAGUUGAAAGAAUUGUGGUAUGGUCAACCUCAGCACAAUCUAUUUAGGAGUCUGAAGUAUCUAGUGGUUCAUGAAUGUGAUUUUUUAUCUGAGGUUCUCUUUCAACCAAAUUUGCUACAAGUGCUAAUGAACUUGGAAGAAUUAGAUAUCACAGAUUGUGAUUCAUUAGAAGCAGUUUUUGAUAUGAAAGGUGGUGAAUUUGAAAAAGAAAUUCUUGUGAAGAAUUCUACUCAAUUGAAGAAAUUAACACUAUCUAAUCUUCCAAACCUGAAGCAUGUAUGGAAGGAGGAUCAACAUAACACUAUGGGGUUUCAGAAUUUAAGUGAAGUAUAUGUUGAGGAGUGCCCAAGUUUGAAAAGCCUCUUUCCGCUCUCAGUAGCUAGAGAUAUGAACCAAAUUCAAACACUUGAAGUGAAUUCAUGUGGGAUUGAAGAAAUUGUUGGCAGGGAGGAAGGAGUGGAUGAGAUAGUUGAAUUUGUGUUUCCUAAUUUAACAUCCAUUGUACUUCAUUAUUUGGCCAAACUAAAGACAUUCUUUGGCGGAGUCCAUUCUCUUCAAUGUAAAUCAUUGAAUACAAUCAACGUUUUCGGAUGUCCAAAAAUUAAGCUAUUUAAGGCAGAGCCUUUGAGACAGCAAGAAAGUGCCAGAAAUGAUCAUGAGCUCAAUAUCUCAACAUAUCAACCUUUGUUUGUGAUUGAAGAGGUACUUGCCACUGUUGAGAAUUUCUACAUGAAUGCCAAAUAUUUUGACAUGAUAUUGCACAGCCAAUAUUCAGGGGUUCAAUUCAACAAAAUCAAAGACAUCGGUGUGGGCGAAUGCUACAAUAAAAAAGCUACUUUUCCAUAUGGGUUUUUGAAAAACGUCCCUAAUUUGGAAACAAUAUUAGUCCAAUGGAGUUCCUUCCGGGAGAUAUUUCAAGGUGAACAACUCGUAGGUACGGAAAUGGAACCUCAAAUUAUCCCGCGACUCAAAGAGUUGAAAUUAUGGUACCUGAAAAAGCUUCAAUGUAUAUGCAAAGAAGGACUUCAAAUGGACCCUAUUCUGAAUUUUCUUGAAAGCAUUGAUGUUCAGCACUGUUCAAGUCUUAUGAAAUUGGUGCCUUCUUCUGUUACCUUUAAUUACUUGACCUACUUGGAGGUAACUGACUGCAAUGGUUUGAUAAAUUUGAUAACAUACUCAACAGCAAAGAGUCUUGUCAAACUUGAAACCAUGAAGAUUGAAAUGUGUAACCGGCUUGAGGAUAUAAUCAAUAGUAAAGAAGAAGAUGAGAUGAACAAGAUUGAAUUUUAUAGUUUAAAAUCUCUAGAACUAAUUUCUUUACCAAGGCUCAGUGUAUUUUCCUCAUGUCCAUGCCCCAUUAUGUUUCCAUUGCUGGAAGUUGUAGUUGUCAAAGAAUGUCCUCGAAUGAAGCAUUUUUCAUUGGAUUUGAUCAACACAACAAUUCUUCAAAAUGUACAAUUCGAUGAAGAAGAACAUUGGGAGGGUGAGCUCAAUGGAACAGUAAAGAAAUUGUUUUAUGACAAGAAGUUUGGUGGUUUUAAGCAAUUAAAACUGUCUCGAUAUCCAGAGUUGAAAGAAUUGUGGUAUGGUCAACCUCAGCACAAUCUAUUUAGGAGUCUGAAGUAUCUAGUGGUUCAUAAAUGUGAUUUUUUAUCUGAGGUGCUCUUUCAACCAAAUUUGCUAGAAGUGCUAAUGAACUUGGAAGAAUUAGAUAUCACAGAUUGUGAUUCAUUAGAAGCAGUUUUUGAUAUGAAAAGUGGUGAAUUUGAAAAAGAAAUUCUCGUGAAGAAUUCUACUCAAUUGAAGAAAUUAAAACUAUCUAAUCUUCCAAAACUGAUGCAUGUAUGGAAGGAGAACCAACAUAACACUAUGGGGUUUCAGAAUUUAAGUGAAGUAUAUGUUGAGGAGUGCACAAGCUUGAAAAGCCUCUUUCCGCUCUCAGUAGCUAGAGAUAUGAACCAAAUUCAAACACUUGAAGUGACUUCAUGUGGGAUUGAAGAAAUUGUUGGCAGGGAGGAAGGAGUGGAUGAGAUAGUUGAAUUUGUGUUUCCUAAUUUAACAUCCAUUAGACUUCACCAUUUGGCCAAACUAAAGACAUUCUUUGCCGGAGUCCAUUCUCUUCAAUGUAAAUCAUUGAAAACGAUCAACUUGUUCAGAUGUCCAGAAAUUGAGCUAUUUAAGGCAGAGCCUUUGAGUCAGCAAGUGAGUGCCAGAAAUGAUGAGCUCAAUAUCACAACAUAUCAACCUUUGUUCGUGAUUGAAGAGGUAUUUAACACUGUGGAGAGUUUGUUCAUGAAUAUGAAAUAUUUUGACAUGAUAUUGCAUAGCCAAUAUUCAGAGGUUCAAUUCAACAAAGUCACACACAUUGGUGUGGGUGAAUUCUACAAUGAAGAAGCUACUUUUCCACAUUGGUUCUUGAAAAAUGUUCCUAAUUUAGAAAGCAUGCUAGUCCAAUGGAGUUCCUUCAGGGAGAUAUUUCAAGGCGAACAACCCAUAAGUACGGAAAUGGAAACUCAAAUUAUCCCGCGACUCAAAGAGUUGGAAUUAUGGUACAUGGACAAGCUUCAAUGUAUAUGCAAAGAAGGACUUCAAAUGGACCCCAUUCUACAUUUUCUUGAAACCAUUUAUGUUCGGCACUGUUCCAGUCUUAUGAAAUUGGUGCCUUCUUCUGUUACCUUUAAUUACUUGACCUACUUGGAGGUAACUAACUGCAAUGGUUUGACAAAUUUGAUAACAUACUCAACAGCAAAGAGUCUUGUCAAACUCACAACCAUGAAGAUUGAAAUGUGUAAUUGUCUUGAGGAUGUGGUCAACGGAAAAGAAGAAGAUGAGAUGAAUAAGAUUGAAUUUUCCAGUUUACAAUAUCUAGAACUUGUUGCUUUACCAAAACUCUGUCUCUUUUGCUCAUGCACGUGCCCCGUUAUGUUUCCGUUGCUGGAAGUUAUAGUCGUCAAAGGAUGCCCUCGAAUGGAACAUUUUUCAUUUGGUGUGACCAACACAACAAUUCUUGAAAAUGUACAAUUUGAUAAAGAAAAUCAUUGGGAAGGCGACCUCAAUGGAACAGUAAAGAAAUUGUUUGAUGACAAGGUGGCAUUUGGUAGUUUUAAGCAUUUAAAACUAUCUGAAUAUCCAGAGUUGAAAGAAUUGUGGUAUGGUCGACCUCAGCACAAUGUAUUUAGGAGUCUGAAGUAUCUAGUGGUUCAUAAAUGUGAUUUUUUAUCUGAGGUGCUCUUUCAACCAAAUUUGCUAGAAGUGCUAAUGAACUUGGAAGAAUUAGAUAUCACAGAUUGUGAUUCAUUAGAAGCAGUUUUUGAUAUGAAAGAUGAAUUUGAAAAAGAAAGUCUUGUGAAGAAUUCUACUCGAUUGAAGAAAUUAAAACUAUCUAAUCUUCCAAAACUGAAGCAUGUAUGGAAGGAGGACCAACAUAACACUAUAAGGUUUCAAAAUUUAAGUGAAGUAUCUGUUGAGAAGUGCACAAGCUUGAAAAGCCUCUUUCCACUCUCAGUAGCUAGAGAUAUGAAGCAAAUUCAAAGUCUUAAAGUUUGUGAAUCUGGAAUUGAAGAAAUUGUUGGCAACAAAGAAGGAACAAAGGAGAUGGUUAAAUUUGUGUUUCCUCAUUUAACAUCCAUCCAUCUUUCCUAUUUGGCCAAACUUAAGGCAUUCUUCGCCGGUGUCCAUUCUCUUCGAUGUAAAUCAUUGAAAAAAAUCAACUUGUUCGGAUGUCCCAAAGUAGAGCUAUUUAGGACAGGACCUUUGAGACACCAAGAAAGUGCCAUAAAGGAUGAGCUCAAUAUCUCAAUGUAUCAACCUUUGUUUGUGAUUGACGAGGUACUUAACAAUGUGGUGGAGAGUUUGAAUAUGAAUUUUAAAUAUUUUGACAUGAUAUUGCAUAGCCAAUAUUCAGGGGUUCAAUUCAACAAAGUCAAUUACAUUGGUGUGAGCGAAUGCUACAAUGAAGAAGCUACUUUUCCAUAUCGGUUCUUGAAAAAUGUCCCUAAUUUGAAAACAAUAUUAGUUGAAUGGAGUUCCUUCCGGGAGAUAUUUAAAGGUGAACAACUCGUAAGUACUGAAAAUGAAACUCAAAUUAUCCCGCGACUCCAAGUGUUGGAAUUAUGGCACCUGGACAAGCUUCAAUGUAUAUGCAAAGAAGGACUUCAAAUGGACCCUGUUCUGCAUUUUCUUGAAAGCAUUCAUGUUCAGCACUGUUCCAAUCUAGUAAAAUUGAUGCCUUCUUCUGUUACCUUUAAUUACUUGACCUACUUGGAGGUAACUAACUGCAAUGGUUUGACAAAUUUGAUAACAUACUCAACAGCAAAGAGUCUUGUCAAACUUGAAACCAUGAAGAUUGAAAUGUGUAACCGGCUUGAGGAUAUAAUCAACAGUAAAGAAGAAGAUGAGAUGAACAAGAUUGAAUUUUAUAGUUUAAAAUCUCUAGAACUAAUUUCUUUACCAAGGCUCAGUGUAUUUUGCUCAUGUCCAUGCCCCAUUAUGUUUCCGUUGCUGGAAGUUGUAGUCGUCAAAGGAUGCCCUCGAAUGGAACAUUUUUCAUCUGGUGUGACCAACACAACAAUUCUUCAAAAUGUACAAUUUGAUGAAGAAAAUCAUUGGGAAGGCGACCUCAAUGGAACAGUAAAAAAAUUGUUUGAUGACAAGGUUGCAUUUCAUAAAUUUAACUGUUUAGCCUUAUCUGACUACCCGGAGCUAAAAGAUUUGUGGUAUGGCCAACAUAAUCACAAUGUGUUUUGCAAUCUGAAAUCCCUAGUAGUGGAAAGAUGUGAUUUUUUAUCAUAUGUACUUUUACCAUCAAAUAUAAUACAAGCGCUGCAUGGAUUGGAAGAUUUAAAAGUAACAGACUGUGAUUCGUUAGAAGCAGUGUUUGAUGUGAAAGGUAUGAAGUCUAGAGAAAUAUUGAUAAAACAAAGCACUCCGUUGAAAAGUUUGACUUUAUCUAGUUUGCCAAAAUUGAAGCACAUAUGGAAUGAGGAUCCUCAUGAAAUUAUCAGCUUUGGAAACUUAUGCAAGGUGGAUGUUUCUAAGUGCCAAAGCUUGCUAUAUAUCUUUCCAUUGUCACUAUGCCAAGAUCUUGGAAAACUUGAAAUGCUUGAUAUAACGUCUUGCGGAGUUAAGGAAAUUGUAGGAAUGGAAGAAGGAUCAAUGGAAAUCAAUUUUAAUUUUCCCCAACUGAAUACAUUGGCACUAUGUCUUUUGACAAACCUUAAGAGCUUCUAUCGGGGAAAGCAUGCUUUACAGUGCCCUUCCCUGAAGAUUUUGAGUGUAUACCAUUGUGAAGCAUUAAGAAUGUUUUCAUUCAACCAUUUAGACUUCCAACAGCCUAACGCAGCAGGCGGAAAUCCCAUCAUACCUCAACAAGCUCUAUUUUCUAUUGAAAAGUUGAGCCCCAACCUGGAGGAAUUGGCAAUAAAUGGCCCGGAUGUGAUGGAGAUAUUGAAUCAAGAAAAUGUCUUUCAUAAAGUUAAAUUUCUUUGUUUGCAAUGCUUCGAAGAAACUCCAACUAUUUUUCUGAAUGAUAUCCAUACAUCAUUUCCUAAUUUUAAAACAUUUCUAGUGCGUAAUAGUUCUUUUGAAACAUUGUUCCCCACUAAAGAAACCACUGAUCAUCUCAAUAUGCAUGUUUCAAAUCAAAUAAGAAUUUUGUGGAUUUUUGAAUUAGAAAAUCUCAAGCAAAUCUGGCAAGAAGACUUCCCAUUGGAUCAUCAUCUGUUACAAAAUCUUGAAGACUUAUUUGUAAGGGAUUGUCCAAGUUUGAUAAACUUGGUACCAGCAUCAACAUUUUUCACAAAUUUAAUAAUUUUGAAAGUGGAGAAUUGCAAAGAGCUUACUUAUUUAAUAACAUCCUCAACAGCUAAAAGUCUUGUACAACUCACAACAUUAAAAAUAAUGAAUUGUGAGAAGAUGUUGGAUGUUGUGAAACAGAUUGAUGAAGAAAAAGCGGAGGAAAACAUCAUAUUUGAAAACUUGGAAUACUUGGAAUUGUCUUCUUUGCCAAGUUUUAGAAGCUUCUGUUAUGGGAAACAAACAUUCAUAUUCCCAUCUUUCAUAUAUUUCAUUGUUAAAGGGUGCCCUCGAAUGAAGAUAUUCUCAUCAGGAGUCACAGUAACACCAUACCUGACAAAAAUUGAAGUUGAAGAAGGAAAGAAGAGAUGGAAAGGUGAUCUUAAUACAACUAUUGAACAAUUGUUCAUAGAAAAGGUUGCAUUUCGUAAGUUUAACUGUUUAGCCUUAUCUGACUACCCGGAGCUAAAAGAUUUGUGGUAUGGCCAACUUAAUCACGAUGUGUUUUGCAAUCUGAAAUCCCUAGUAGUGGAAAGAUGUGAUUUUUUAUCACAUGUACUUUUACCAUCAAAUGUAAUGCAAGCGUUGCAUGGAUUGGAAGAAUUAGAAGUAACAGAUUGUGAUUCAUUAGAAGCUGUGUUUGAUGUGAAAAGUAUGAAGUCUAGAGAAAUAUUGAUAAAACAAAGCACUCAGUUGAAAAGUUUGACUUUAUCUAGUUUGCCAAAAUUGAAGCAAAUAUGGAAUGAGGAUCCUCAUGAAAUUAUCAGCUUUGGAAACUUAUGCAAGGUGGAUGUUUCUAUGUGCCAAAGCUUGCUAUAUAUCUUUCCAUUGUCACUAUGCCAAGAUCUUGGAAAUCUUGAAAUGCUUGAUAUAGACUCUUGCGGAGUUGAGGAAAUUGUAGCAGUGAAAGAAAGAUCAGUGGAAAUCAAUUUUAAUUUUCCCCAACUAGAUACAUUGGUACUUUGUGAUUUGACAAGCCUUAAGAGCUUCUAUCGGGGAAAGCAUGCUUUACAGUGCCCUUCCCUGAAGAUUUUGAAUGUAUACCAUUGUGAAGCAUUAAGAAUGUUUUCAUUCAACCAUUUAGACUUCCAACAGCCUAACAAAGCAGACGGAAAUCCCAUCAUACCUCAACAAGCUCUAUUUUCUAUUGAAAAGUUGAGCCCCAACCUGGAGGAAUUGGCAAUAAAUGGCCCGGAUGUGAUGGAGAUAUUGAAUCAAGAAAAUGUCUUUCAUAAAGUUGAAUUUCUUCAUUUGCAAUGCUUCGAAGAAACUCCAACUAUUUUUCUGAAUGAUUUCUUUACCACAUUUCCACAUCUUAAAACAUUUCAAGUGCGUAAUAGUUCUUUUGAAACAUUGUUCCCCACUAAAGAAACCACUGAUCAUCUCAAUAUGCAUGUUUCAAAUCAAAUAAGAAGUUUGUUCCUUUAUGAAUUGGAAAAUCUCAAGCAAAUCUGGCAAGAAGACUUCCCAUUGGAUCAUCCUCUGUUACAAAAUCUUGAAGACUUAUUUGUAGGGGAUUGUCCAAGUUUGAUAAACUUGGUACCAUCAUCAACAUCUUUCACAAAUUUAACAAAUUUGGAAGUGGAUAACUGCAAAGAGCUUGUUUAUUUAAUAACAUCCUCAACAGCUAAAAGUCUUGUACAACUCACAACAUUAAUAAUAACGAAUUGUGAGAAGAUGUUGGAUGUUGUGAAGAUUGAUGAAGAAAAAGCAGAGGAAAACAUCAUAUUUGAAAACUUGGAAUACUUGGAAUUGUCUUCUUUGCCAAGUUUUAGAAGCUUCUGUUAUGGGAAACAAGCAUUCAUAUUCCCAUCUUUCUUACGUUUCAUUGUUAAAGGGUGCCCUCAAAUGAAGAUAUUCUCAUCAGGAGUCACAGUAACACCAUACCUGACAGAAAUUGAAGGAAAGAAGAGAUGGAAAGGUGAUCUUAACACAACUAUUGAACAAUUGUUCAUAGAAAAGGAAGUCCCACAUUCUAAUGUUGAAUGAAUGAUAGUAUAUCAUAGCAUUUGCAAGGGAAGGUAAUCGGUGCACUGACAGGAUUGCUUCUCUCUGACUUCAUGGUCCUAGUUUCACUUGGUGGGAUCAUGUUCUUUAUGAUGUCUCUGAAGCUUAUCAUUGUAGUAGGCUUGAUCUUUCUGAAUUUAGAUUUAAAUAAUACUUUGUUCUUGUAAUUAAACUGCACUCUUUUUCCCUUUAUCAAGGUUUUAUCCCACUGGAUUUUCCUUACUAAGGUUUUUAAUGAGGCAAUUGACCAACUUAUUUGGUUUGCAUUAUUGUUAUCUUGGGUUUUGGUCUAGUCCCACCAAACUUUUUUGUUUUAUUUUUAAUAAUAUUUGGUUAGAGUUGGGCAUUUUGGUUGGGAGUGCAGGGGUGCCAAAAUAGUUGGGAUGUCUGUACCUUUAUCAUUGCUUCUCUUUAGCCUUUUCACUUUAA